AUGCACAAUCUCGCGAGGCUGGGCCGCAUCGGCCAGGCCAUCACCCGGAGGCAUCUCGCUACCGUCAGCGAUGCGCCCCUCUCCAAGAAGGUCGAGAUGACCAAUUGGGAGAAGGGCAACUUCAUCAACUACAAGAAGAUGAACGAGAACCUCAACAUUGUGCGCCAGCGCCUCAACCGCCCCCUCACCUACGCCGAGAAGAUCCUCUACUCGCACUUGGAUGAUCCCCACAACCAGGAGAUUGAGCGCGGCAAGAGCUAUCUGAAGCUGCGGCCGGACCGCGUUGCCUGCCAGGAUGCCACCGCCCAGAUGGCCAUUCUCCAGUUCAUGUCCGCUGGCAUGCCCUCUGUGGCCACCCCGACUACUGUGCACUGCGACCAUCUCAUCGAGGCACAGGUCGGCGGCGAGAAGGAUUUGGCCCGCGCCAACGAGAUCAACAAGGAGGUCUACGACUUCCUGUCGACCUCUUGCGCAAAGUACAACAUUGGCUUCUGGCGUCCCGGCUCCGGUAUCAUUCAUCAGAUCGUCCUGGAGAACUAUGCUUUCCCUGGUGGUCUUCUGAUUGGUACUGAUUCGCACACUCCCAACGCUGGUGGUCUCGGUAUGGCUGCCAUUGGUGUCGGCGGUGCUGAUGCUGUUGACGUCAUGGCCGGCCUUCCCUGGGAAUUGAAGGCCCCCAAGGUCAUUGGUGUCAGGCUGACAGGCAAGAUGUCUGGCUGGACUGCUCCUAAGGAUGUCAUUCUCAAGGUUGCCGGUAUCCUCACCGUCAAGGGUGGAACUGGUGCCAUCGUUGAAUACCACGGCCCCGGUACCGACUCCCUCUCCUGCACUGGUAUGGGCACCAUCUGCAACAUGGGUGCUGAAAUUGGCGCUACCACCUCGCUCUUCCCCUUCAAUGACCGCAUGUACGACUACCUCAAGGCCACCAACCGCCAGCGCAUUGGCGACUUCGCCCGCGAGUACGCCGCUGAGCUCCGUGAGGACGAGGGUGCCGAGUACGACCAGCUCAUUGAGAUUGACCUCAGCACGCUCGAGCCCCACAUCAACGGUCCCUUCACUCCCGAUCUGGCCACUCCCAUCAGCAAGUUCAAGGAGGCCGCCAAGGCCAAUGGCUGGCCGGAGGAGGUCAAGGUCGGUCUCAUCGGCUCCUGCACCAACUCGUCCUAUGAGGAUAUGACCCGUGCUGCAUCCAUCGCUGAGGAUGCCAUGGCUCAUGGCCUCAAGUCCAAGUCCCAGUUCGUCGUUACGCCAGGAUCAUCAGGGCUACAGUCCAAAGCAAGUGGGGAUGGUCAGUUGAAGACUUUCGAGGAGUUUGGUGGUAUGGUCUUGGCGAACGCCUGUGGCCCGUGCAUUGGCCAGUGGGACCGCAGGGACGUCAAGAAGGGCGAGCCUAACACCAUUGUGACUUCUUACAACCGUAACUUCACCGGCCGUAACGAUGCUAACCCCGCUACUCACUGCUUUGUCACUUCCCCGGACAUGGUCGUAGCCAUGAGCAUUGCCGGUACCCUCAACUUCAACCCCUUGACCGACACCCUCAAGGGCAAGGAUGGCAAGGAGUUCAAGCUCAAGGAGCCCACUGGCGAGGCUCUUCCUGCCCGCGGCUAUGACCCCGGACGUGACACCUACCAGGCUCCUCCUGAGGACCGCGCCUCGGUUUCCGUUGCCGUCUCCCCCACCUCGGACCGUCUCCAGAUCCUCCAACCCUUCCAGCCCUGGGAUGGCAAGGACGCCAAGGACCUGCCCAUCCUCAUCAAGUGCCAGGGCAAGACCACCACCGAUCACAUCUCGAUGGCCGGCCCUUGGUUGAAGUACCGUGGACAUCUUGACAACAUCUCCAACAACAUGUUGAUUGGUGCCAUCAACGCCGAGAACGGUGAGGCCAACAAGGUCAAGAACGUCCUGACUGGCCAGUAUGACGCUGUCCCGGCUGUUGCGCGUGACUACAAGAAGAACGGAAUCAAGUGGGUUGUCAUCGGUGACUGGAACUACGGCGAGGGAAGCUCCCGUGAGCACGCCGCUCUCGAGCCCCGGCAUCUUGGUGGUCUUGCCAUCAUCACCCGCUCGUUCGCCCGUAUCCACGAGACCAACCUGAAGAAGCAGGGUAUGCUUCCUCUCACCUUCUCUGACCCUGCCGACUAUGACAAGAUCGGUCCCAACGACAGGGUCGACCUCCUGUGCACCGAGCUCGCUGUCGACAAGCCCAUGACCCUUGUCGUCCACCCCGCCAAUGGCAGCAAGCCCUUCGAAGUCAAGCUCUCGCACACCUUCAACGAGGGCCAGAUUGAGUGGUUCAAGAACGGUUCUGCUCUCAACACCAUGGCCAAGAAUGCCAAGGCUUAG